AUGACAGAAGUCAGACAGCAGGUUCUGAGUCCCAGCGGGUCAAAGUCCGACCGAAGCCAGAAGUUCACCAAUAAGUGGCAGUUGACCCACCCGGUACAGGUGUCCAGCCCGGUGCAGGUGUCCAGCCCACCCCGGUACAGGUGUCCAGCUCGCCCGGUACAGGUGUCCAGCCCGGUACAGGUGUCCAGCUCGCCCGGUACAGGUGUCCAGCCCGGUACAGGUGUCCCGUCCACCCGGUACAGGUGUCCCGUCCACCUGGUACAGGUGUCCCACCCGGUACAGGUGUCCCGUCCACCCAGUACAGGUGUCCAGCCCGGUACAAGUGUCCUGUCCACCCGGUACAGGUGUCCAGCCCGGUACAAGUGUCCUGUCCACCCGGUACAGGUGUCCAGCUCGCCCGGUGCAGGUGUCCAGCUCGCCCGGUACAGGUGUCCCACCCGGUACAGGUGUCCAGCUCACCCGGUACAGGUGUCCAGCUCGCCCGGUACAGGUGUCCAGCUCGCCCGGUACAGGUGUCCAGCUCGCCCGGUGCAGGUGUCCAGCUCACCCGGUACAGGUGUCCCGCUCGCCCGGUACAGGUGUCCAGCUCACCCGGUACAGGUGUCCAGCUCGCCCGGUACAGGUGUCCAGCUCGCCCGGUGCAGGUGUCCCACCCGGUACAGGUGUCCAGCUCGCCCGGUACAGGUGUCCCGCUCGCCCGGUGCAGGUGUCCCGUCCACUCGGUGCAGCUGUCCAGCCCGGUACAGGUGUCCCGUCCACCCGGUACAGGUGUCCUGUCCACCCGGUACAGGUGUCCACCCGGUACAGGUGUCCCGCCCGCCCGGUACAGAACUUGAUUCACGUCGUUGCUUCUUGUUGCCACUUGGUGUCGCCACUGAGUUCAGCCGUUUAAACGUUUGUUUUGUGUCUUUCAGCCACUACUCCGACCCGCACAUCCCCGACAUACCAGGAAUACACAACUUCAAAGGGAAGGUUCUCCACAGUCAUUCGUACCGGUUUCCGGAGCCGUUCUCGGGUCAGUCGGUGGUGGUUCUGGGAGCCAAAGCUUCGGGUCUGGACAUUUCCAUCGAGCUGGCUAAAGCCGGCGCUCAGGUGACUCUGAGCCACCGCCGGCCUCGCCUCACCUUCCCUCUACCUGCCGGGAUCCAGCAGUCCAGCUCGGUGGUGGCGGUCGAGGACGACGGCAGGAUCCGCUUCCAGGACGGCUCGGUGGGCGGGGCAGACGUCCUGAUGUUCUGCACCGGGUACAACUUCCGGUACGGGUUCCUGGACGGAGCCCAGCUGGGUCUGGACAUCCAGGACCAGGUGGUGUCGGGUCUGUACCGCUUCCUGCUGCCGCCGGCCUUCCCCUCGCUGUUCUUCAUCGGCAUCUGCAAGAUCAUCUGCCCCUUCCCCAACUUCCACUGCCAGGUCCAGUUCGCUCUGGCCGUGUUGGACGGUUCUGUUGCGUUGCCUCCCCGGGCCCAGAUGGAGGAGGAGGCUCGGCUGGAGCAGCAGCAGAAGGAGGAGCGGGGAGUGGAGCGGCGCCACCUGCUGGUCCUGGAGCAGGACCAGUGGGAGUACUGCCAGGUCCUGGCCCGGUCCGCCGGCUUCCCCCCGCUGCCCCCAGUGGUCCGCAGUCUGUACGAGGAGGUGUGGAGGCAGCGAUGGGUUCACCCCGAGAACUACCGCAGGACCAACUACCGGCUGGUCAGCGACACCGAGUGGCAGCAGGUGGACUGAUGGAGGCUGCACACCUGAGGGUGGACUAGGAAGAGAAUAGUGGGUCAGCAGGGAACGGAAACGUGUCCGUCUGCAGUCUGAUCUGAUGGUCGUCGUCUCCAGAGGACGAAUCCUAACGAGUGACUGUUCAUCACAGGAGGUCUACAGAUGUCACCAAAAUCAACAGAACUGUGCUGAUCCAGUUUGUUUUUUUCUUGUUCAACACAGCGUCUUUCAAUAAGAGCCGAUGAGGACCGUCGUCACAUCGACUGUGUCAUCAGUUUGUGUGUCUUUGUGGUUGUUUUGUUCACUUUUGUGUACCUGCUCUACGGUCUGAUUGUCUCCGUUUAAUGAGUAAAUUCAUCAUGUUUUACUGUGAA